CAAGAAUCUACCUGAUUUACGUUCAUGAUACAUAUAUUUUACGAGUGGUUGAUUUUUCAACAAAUACUGUGAUAUUUGUGUGUUUAUUCAACACAGAAAACGCGGAUUAAACUAAAACUUAAAAAUAUAUGAAUACAGUUGAACAGACUCAGAGAAAUGGCAAGACGGCCGUGCCUUUCCUUAUUCACCCUUUUUUGCGUUGUAUCUGCUGCACUUCUAGCUGCCAUAUAUUUCCCAAUCGAUUUUGGCAACAAGAAAGACGAAACAGCUAGUACAUCCAACUUAUUUGUUAUAAAAAACGAUGUACCAGGAGCAAAGCUGAAUGAAGUUCGUACAUAUCCAUUAAAAGGAGAUAAACAUUGUCUAGCUACAGUAGAAUCAUAUCUAGACAACAAAGGACAAUUCAUUAUCCCAUCAGAGGAACUGUUUUCUACACUACCAAACAAUGUUAUCGCAUGUUUAUAUAAAAGAUAUGGGAGCACACUGCAGACAUACUGUCCAAUGCACAGCCGUCACGGAAGUGUUAAGGAUGGAUGGACUUUUUGUCAAAGUGGAUGCUACACACCCAAUGCAAAUACAAUGAUAUAUGCUAUCAGUUCAGUCAACGAUGCGGUAAAUGAGAAGAGUGUGAAACUGAAGCUUAAUUCCAAUGUAGAACGCUUCAGUAUAAAACAAAAGACCGGUUGGUCUCUUAGUAAACAGUUAGUAGUUUCAAAAAAAGUCAAUGGAUCAACAGGACAAAACACACAGACCGAGACAGAUUUGACUAAACUUCUCGAUAAAAUCAAAACUAAAACGGGAACAGAAGAUGUACUUAUUAUCGAUGCUGGUGGUAUAACGAAACAAAUCAUGGAUACAGUUUUAAAGUCCGCUGUUUUAGAAAAAUUUCAACAAGUGUUAAUACGGACGAACUACAUGUCAGGAGGGAGCAUAGACUAUAAAUCCGCCUUACGCCAUUACAGGUCAAUUUACGAAGAAGGAUUUAGAUUAUUUUGGUCAAGAGAAGAAUGGGGUUGUGCCCGGGGACUUCUAACUGGAUGUCUUUAUUUACAUUUUAUGCACAAGGACUGCAGAGAUUCCUCGAAAAAGAUGGAUGAUACACAUUUAACAAUUCCAGAUGAGUCUACACUAAAUACAUAUGAUAAUGCUACAAUAACGGACUUAUACACAAGAUACUUAACAUCACUCCAGAUUCACUGUACCCAAGUAAUACGACCUGGAAUACUUAAAGAUGGUGGAUGGAACGUUUGUCAUGAUGCUAAAUAUAGACCACCUGUAAAUUGUCUUGUAUAUGACUUUGGGAUUGGAAAUGAUUUCGUUUUUGAUGAUGACAUGACGAAGAUAUAUGGUUGUGAAGUUCAUGGUUUCGAUCCAACCAUGAAAAUGAAAUCAAGGAGAAGAUCUGAAAAAGCUUGGUUCCACGAUGUUGGUAUUGGAGAAGUUGAAUAUACAAGACGUAACAAAUUUAAGAUGUCUACAUUCCAAAAUAUAAGUAAAGCUCUUGGUCAUGAAAAUAGAAAAAUGAAUAUUAUUAAAAUGGACAUUGAAAAAUCUGAAUGGGUCAGUAUGCCAGUUAUGAUCAAGCAAGGAUAUUUCAAAGAUGUAAAACAGUUUCUUAUUGAAUUCCAUGCGUAUCCUGCUGUGUCCUAUCUUUCGCAAUUGAAAGCAUUAUAUGAUAUAGGAUUUAGGAUUUUUUGGUACCACAGAAAUCCAUUUUGGAAAAAUUUGUUUGUUCACAAUCAUACUCAACAUUCUGCUUGCUACGAAGUUCAUAUGAUGAAAGUUGAUGUGUAAAAUCAUACUGGCAUGGAUAACGAAUAUUUGAUUGACAUAAAAAGAAUCAUUCCAAUAUGUAAGGUGUUCUACAGCACAUCUAAACAACAGGAAUGCAUGAGUCGAAUUCAAAUGAAUAGACUGGCAUGUAGCUGAAAUGUUUUUAUUAAUGUUAUUCUUUUUAAUUUUAAAUAACAUUUUUCAUGGUAAUAUAUAUAUUUUUUUUAUAAAAAAAUCUAUUUGGUAAAUCAUGCGAUGUAAAAAAAAGGGUCCUGUACAAUUAUUAUCGUUUUUAUUUUUAGAAAAACCUAGCGAAAGCCAGAAUGCUAGUCUUAUACUCCUGAUUCCUCCUUUUUAUAUAUUAACACGGAAAAUGUCGAGGAACUCUAGUCUUAUAUCAAUUCAUAAAAGAUACCAGGCUAAAAAUUGUGUACGCUGGACGAGUCGUCUGCAGAUGGCUCUUCAGGUACGCUCGAACAAUAAGUAAGAAGCGUAAAAUUAAACGUUUAGAGCAUUAAGUACAAGCAAAUCCCCAAGGUUUUAAAAUAAACAGAUAAGAGAUAAACUGGGUUAGAAAAGUAUUUAGUAUUCUAAAACAAAAUAAAGCGAUCAAUAUGGUAAUCCAUUUUUUGUUGAUAAUUUUUUUUUUCUGCAUCUCAAGUUUUCUUUUUUUCAUAAAUUUUCUAUUAUAUUAAUAGUAACUUAUAUAAUAAGAAAAUAUUCUAUCUCUAUAUUUUGUUGAUCAUCAAAUGUUAUUGUUAUGAAGUUAAAAAAAGUUCGACAUUUACCGUAUAUAUUUAUAUAAUCAUUCAACAUUGGUACCUGAUAAUAUAGAUGAAAUUAUUUCUUGUUAUUCUGUGGUUUACAUGUCGAAAUCGACUAUUAUGUUAUUUAUGAAUGUCUUUUUUUGUCAUGGAACAUCUUAAAUUCAUUUGUACUGUAUUCCUGUCACGUAAAGUAGUCAAUUACACAGUAUCUAAACAUAGCUGUAUAAGCUGGAGGUUUUGCUAGCCAGAAAUAAUUAGUUUAUAUGUACUUUCAUUUGUGUUUUUUGUUUUACUUCAGUGUUCCUGUUGUUCCGUUGUAUUCCUCUUUAAGUAGAUGUGAUUCUCUUGGGUUUAGAUGCUGUCCGAAUUUAUUUUCUCUUAGUCGAUUUAUGUCUUUUUAACAGCGGUUUACUACUGUUGCCUUAUUCAAUCGUCACCACGAUUCUCAUUUAGAAGUAACAGAUCCGACAGCACACCAUAAUUUCGGAGUCUCUGUUUGUCAUACAGCUCACGAAGAAUUUAUACAUUCCCUUUUACUGAAUAGACAUUGUGUCAUUUUCAUCUCUUAAUGAAGCAAAAAUUCUGAGUUUUGUAAAGUGAUAACAAAAUGCUAAUUGGUAAACAAAAGGUUCUAAAUAUUGUUUUACCAACACAUACAUGCAAUUUGACUUCUUUUUUGUUUCAUUACAAUUGUUUUGUUUAAUUUAAUUCAUGAAAAACA